AUGUCAGCCCUCUCCUUCCUACGCUCUCAACUGUUCGUCACCCCGCCGGUGCCAACGUACGACUUCACCGGGCAAACAAUCAUCAUCACCGGUGCGAACAGGGGCAUUGGUCUCGAAGCCGCCCGCCACCUGCUGAAGCUCAAAGCCGCCCGCGUCAUCCUUGCCGUCCGCUCCGCAAAGAGAGGGCAGGAUGCCGCCGACGAGCUGGAAAGGUCGACGGGGCGAGCGGGAGCCGUGUUGGUUGAGGAAUUAGACAUGGCAUCCUACGAAUCCGUCAAGGCAUUUGCAGCCCGCAUGGAGAGCAGAUUAGAGCGACUUAAUGCGGUCCUGCUCAAUGCGGGCAUGUACACGCACACGUUCUCCACGGCGGAUGGCUUCGAGAGCCACCUGACCGUCAACGUCAUCAAUACGAUCUUUCUCGCCUUGCUCUUGCUGCCGACGCUGAGGAAGGGGUCGCGAUCCGAAAGACCGCGAAUCAGUUUCGUCUCGUCCGAUCGCCAUGUCAUGUUCAAGCUGCCCGAGUGGAAGGAGGAGAAGCCGUUUGAGUUCCUCAGUGACGAGAAACGCGCGCGGAUGCAGGAGCGGUACAUGAUCUCAAAGCUAAUGCUCAUCCUCCUCGCCCGCGAGAUGGCCGUCCACGUCAAGGCAUCCGACGUGAUCAUCAACUCAUUCACCCCGGGCUACUGCGAGUCCGGCCUGAUCGACGACAUCAAGGGUCCCACGCGCGUUGCGCUGAAUCUGCUCAAGAAGGCGACGGCUCGUACGGCCGAGGCUGGUGGCCGCACGCUCGUUGCAGCAAUCGUCCCCUGGCCAGAGAGUCAUGGAAGGUAUCUGAAUGAUUCACGGAUUGACGACUCGGCUCUAUCCUCGUUUGUGCGGAGUGAAGAGGGUGCGCGGGCGCAGAAGAAGUUGUGGAAGGAUUUGAUGGAAAUUCUGCGCAAGAGGGAGGGCUCGAUUGAGUCAUCAGUGGUACCUGCUGCUUGA